AUGUCACGAGCCCGACGAGUAGCCAGAGAGAUGGAGGAUGUGCGGUCCGACUCCGAAGCCGGCAUCACCAUCCAGGCCAUCAACGAUGCCGACAUCUCCCAUCUGAAGGGCACCUUCCACGGGCCUCCCGGCACUCCCUACCAGGGCGGCACUUUUGUGGUCGAUAUCCAGAUCCCCAAUGAUUACCCCUUCAAGCCUCCUCGAAUGAAGUUUGACACUCGCAUUUACCACCCCAACAUUUCGUCGCAGACCGGCGCCAUCUGUCUCGACAUUCUCAAGGACGCAUGGUCGCCUGUCUUCACGCUCAAAUCGUCGCUUAUCUCGCUGCAGUCGCUGCUGCAAUCUGCCGAGCCCAACGACCCCCAGGAUGCUGAGGUGGCCAAGAUCUAUCUCACCGACAAGGCCGCUUUUGAGCGUACUGCAGCAGAAUGGACAGCCCAGUACGCCGGUGGCAACGCUGGAGGAGAUCAAGACGAGAUCGCACGCCUUGGCCUGGAUCGAGACGCCGUUGAGGGAUUCGCCAGCAUGGGUUUUGGCAAAGACAAGAUCAUCGCCGUGUUCAAAAAGCUGCAAAUCAAGAAGCCUCAGUCUCAAGAGGACGAGCAGAGAGUGGUCGAGGAGCUUCUGAACUAG